ACUCGAUCCCACGCACUGGCCUACCGGUAGGUCAGUCGGUCCUGAACUGUUGAAAUACAACCGUGGUUCGAACUCCGCCAAUUAAAAACGAAGGAAAGGAAUCGAUCCGAGGCGACCGUUUUGCAAGGCGGAAGCUUUGGAUUCGUUUCGAUGCGAUUUGAGCUGAUGCGCGCGCACGGGCGGGGUGAUGAGCUGCGCGUCUCGUCAGGGUCAGGGGAAGUGCUGUGAUGGGUGCUGGCUAUGGUGGAUAUCAGAGCAAGCUUCCAUUUAUCAAAAGAGAGGACGAUAGGAGGAUCGCCAUAGCCGCGAUGCAUGCACUCCGCAACUACUUUCAUCCUACUCGAGAGAAGAACGUCUGCAGCCUGACCCGCUGUAUCUAGAUCAUGUAGAAAUUCAUUUCGUCUUGACGUCACAUAUAUAUAUAUCCUCCUCCCAUCUCCCUCUCUCUUCUCCCUCUUGUCGCCUUCCCCCUUCACUAUCCCUUUCCAGUGUGCAUGCAAUCCCGGAAAUCCGUGACACGUGGGGGAUAGCGAGAGGCGCGCGCACAGACAUAUACGAGUUUGCGUGCUCCCCAAACGCACGCAGACAGAAGAGAGAGACACACACACACACACACACACAGAGAGAGAGAGAGAGAGAGAGAGAGAGAGAGAGAGAGAGAGAGAGAGAGAGAGAGAGAGAAAUCAUGGAUAUGGAAAUUGAUCAGGAUGAAAGGAGAAGGGAUGGCAUGGAGCUACUCGAUUCAGAUGAUGUGGAGGAUGCGGUAUUUGAUCUUCCCACCUCUUCUCUGACAUCCGCCAAACCUUUGCGGGAUAUCUUCGCAAGUUUCUUUUUGCUCGGGUUCAGGGCCUUCGGAGGGUCGAACACUCACGUGAAGCUUCUUCAUUCUCAGUUUGUGGAGAAAAAGCGUUGGUUAGAUGAAAAUCGCUUCCGGGAAUUGAUGGGUUUUGGGCAUGGUAUGCCUGGUCCAACAACGGUUCAGAUGGUCUUGGCACUGGGAGCAUUGCGAGGAGGGUUUUCGGGUGCACUUCUAGCAGCGUUCCUCUAUGUCUGGCCAGGCCUUUUGGUGAUGUCAGCUGCUGGAAUCUUGAUCAACCACGCAAGUAAUGCAGGCAAACAAGAGCUUCCUUCUUGGUUUUAUGAGGUCAUGGUUGGCUUGGCUCCUGCUGCAGUUGCACAUGUCGCCUAUGUGGGAUUUCGACACGCGUAUCGGUUUUGCACAGAUAACCUUCGUUCGGGGUUGGCGGUGUUGAGCACAAUUGCAGUGCUGCUUGUUACUAGCCGUGUGGCGCCUUGGGCUUUCCCAUUGAUCAUUUUUUCUGGCGGCGUUGUAACCCUCCUUGAUGCCAUGUUCAAUUCAGACUGCCCGGAACAUCGGUACCCGUCUCCCCGGCUGCGAGGUGGAGGAGGGAUGAAUGGGGCCCAAGGAAUGUUCUACGCCAUCGGAGUAAACAGAAAGACCAGCGUCGUCUUGAUUUUGAUCUGGCUUGGUCUGGUCGGAGUCGUUACUAUUCUGCGCUUCACCAUUUUUCAAUCAGGAGUGAUCCGCAUUAUGGACAUCUUCCUCCGCAUGAGUUCAAUUUCGUAUGGUGGAGAGUACGUCAUUCUUCCAAUUAUUAACAUGGAGGUGGUACAUGCUAACCUCAUUCCAGGGCUGUAUUACAUGACAGGAAUAGGUCUGGCCCAGCUGGUUCCUGGCCAUUUCUACAAUAUCUCUGCUUUUCUUGGAGCCAUACAUGCUGGUUUUCUCGGUGCCCUUGCGGCUUGGAUAGGCGCUUUCCUUCCAAGCGUUCUUCUUGUAUUUGCGUUCCUCUCCUUUUGGGAUAAUGCUAGACAGUCCAAGCUGGUGAUUGCAACAUUGGUGGGCAUCAACGGUAUGGCCACGGGGAUGAUAAUGGCUGCAGCAGGACUCCUCUUGGUGCAGACGGUUCCCUCAAGCGGUCCUCUUUGUGUAGUAUUUGCUGCAGGAGCUUGCCUGGUCGUCUUCCAAGUGGGUGAUCGUAGUCAACGGAUCCGAUGUUUGGAGUGGGCGCAUCGAAGAAGUUCUCAACUGGGACAUCGAGUAGACGAGGUUGUAAAGUUGGAUGGUUUAAUGGUGGGGGUGAGCGGUUUGGAUCGGAUCGCGAAGGUGAGUGCGGGCAGACUGGGAAGAGAGACAAGGAAUUCGUGUGAGACUGGCAUUCUUCAACUUCAGACUUGGGGAAGCGCGACGAAGCGGAGUAACGCUCGAACCCUGUUACGCAGAGAGGAGACGUGAAGGGGGUUGUGGGGGCAGGGUAAAAGACGGUUGAGUGACGAUCGAGAUGUAGACGUGGAGGAGGGGCUCUUAGAAAGUAGGCGGGGACAGGGAGUACGGGCAAUGUGGGAUGUGGGAGUGGAGAUAGAGCUAAUAGGACGGUCGGAAUACGUGUGCUGCGAGUGAGUGGAUGGGUCGGGCAGUGUGAAUAGGGGAGUGAGUGUGCAAUUGAUCACAUAGGGUGAGCCGAAGGAAUGACGCAGUUUGGGAGAUUGACACCGGAAAUCGGACGAGAAGGAGUAUACGAGAUGGGUCACUGUGUAAUCGAGUAAACGAGGCGAUUCAGG